GAGCCAUUGCCACCACCAUCUUCCGAUCAAUCGUCAGAGUCAUCCACGACUCACUCAAUAAAUAUGUCGCUUAGUGCACCGCGCGCAGCAAAGCGCCUUCGUCUGACCUCUGCAAGGACGCCUUGGACAUGCACUGAAUGUGUCCGAAGAAGCUUUGUCACAUCGCAACGAGGAGGGCUCCUGCAACAGCAAACGCCACAACCGCGAUCGCAACGACCAUCUCCAACACCUUCGAGUUCACGAAACAAUGGCACAACACAUUUCGGGUUUGAGACUGUCGAUGAAACAGCAAAGGAGUCCAGAGUUGGCGCCGUCUUCUCGUCUGUAGCAAGCAGUUACGAUGUCAUGAACGAUUUCAUGUCCCUCGGAAUCCACCGAUUAUGGAAAGACCACUUCGUGCGCUCGCUCGACCCCGGCAUGAAGCGAACACCCACCACCUCCUCCGAGUUCAACGCCGCCUCUCCCGCACGACCGCAACGCAUUCUCGAUAUCGCCGGUGGUAGCGGCGACAUCGCAUUGCGCAUGCUGGAUCACGCCACGCGCAUCCACGGCGACACGGCCAGCCACGUGACCAUCUCGGACAUCAAUCCCGACAUGUUGGCUGAAGGCCGAAAGCGACUCUCCCAGACGCCAUACCACGCACAGGGCCGAGUCGAUUACCUCGAAGCCAACGCCGAGGACCUCUCGGCGAUCGAAAGCAACAGCAUCGAUUUGUACACCGUAGCUUUCGGCAUCCGCAAUUUCACCCACAAAGACCGCGCUCUGCGCGAAGCAUUCCGCGUUCUCCGACCGGGAGGAGUUUUCGCCUGUCUGGAAUUCGCGCCGCAGUUGAGCAAUUCUCUCCUCAACGCUGUGUACAAGAGAUGGAGCUUCAGCGCGAUCCCGUUGAUUGGACAGAUCGUCGCGUCGGAUCGCGAUAGUUAUCAGUAUCUCGUCGAGAGCAUUGAGAGGUUCCCGAGUCAGCCCGAGUGGGCGCGGAUGAUCUCAGAGGCGGGGUUCCUCAUCCCGGGUGAUGUCGGUGGAGAGGUGGGCUCGGGAGGUAGGUCGCCGGGUCAGACGCCGAUGCAGCAUGGAUGGGAGGAUCUCAGUUUGGGCAUCGCGGCGAUACAUAAGGGUGUGAAGCCAGUAUGAGGCAAGAAGGAAAGGCAUAAGCGCACAUACAUCAUUGCGCACCGUACAUGUGUCAGGCUAGACGCAGAAAGAGCUCGGAGAAGAGACUGGAUAACGUGCAAAAGUGGAGCACUCUGCUGUCGUCAUGUCGGCCAGGCGCAGUGCCUGCCGCUCGGAAAAGAAUUUCAUUUCAUGUACCAUCAUUGGUCUGCCAUGCAUUCAUUGCUCGCAGGUCCAUCUAGACACAUUCAUAAAUGUAUCCUUCUAUUCAAGUCCAACAG